GCAUGUUUCUUUUCACAGUCUUCAGCAUCUCUCAGUGUCAGCUGUAUGUGUUUCUGAUUUAUGCAAUAAUCGAAUUCUCCAGAUAAAUAGCGGUUGGAAGCAGAGCUACAGCUAUGCACACACGAGGCUUACUGCAGCAGAGCCUGAAAAUUUUCGCCGGUCGUAAAAUUUUAAUCGUUCCAACCGCGAGACAAAACAGUUCCAUCGGCAAUGGUUGUGGUUUCUGUCGCAAUUUCUCGGUGCAAGCAGCCUGUGACGGCCGAUUGAACACUGCGGCAGGGCUUCUUGUCGAUAAGCAGCAAAACAAAUGUAAAAUCGUUCAGAUCAGACCAAUCAGCACAUCAAAUGUGUUGCUGAAAAAGGAUUAUUACGGCAUUCUUGGCGUCGCAAAGAAUGCAUCUGCGAAGGAAAUCAAAAAGUCGUACUAUCAGCUGGCGAAGAAGUAUCAUCCGGAUACGAACAAAAAUGAUCCCGACGCUAGUAAAAAGUUUCAAGAAGUUUCCGAAGCGUACGAGAUUUUGAGCGAUGAAACCAAACGACGCGAGUACGAUACUUACGGCCAGACAUCGGAGCAGAUGGGUCGCGCUGGGAUGGGUGGCCAUGGUGCGCAAGGCUUCUCGCAAAAUUGGCAGUUCCGUAGUACGAUCGAUCCCGAGGAACUUUUCAGGAAAAUUUUCGGAGAUGGUGGAUUCAAGAGCGGCUUCGAUGAUUUUUCCGACUCCCGUUAUGGUUUCGGAGGUGCCCAGGAAGUGAUGAUGAAUCUUACCUUUGCCCAGGCGGCACGAGGUGUCAACAAGGACAUCAAUGUGAACGUGGUCGAUACGUGUCCAAAGUGUACCGGAUCGCGCUGCGAACCGGGUACGAAACCGGGCAAGUGUCAGUACUGUAACGGGACGGGAAUGGAAACGAUAUCGACGGGACCGUUUGUAAUGCGAUCGACGUGUCGCUACUGUCAGGGCACGAGAAUGUAUAUCAAAUAUCCUUGUUUAGAGUGCGGUGGGAAGGGACAAACUGUGCAGAGAAAGAAAGUGACCGUUCCUGUGCCACCGGGUGUUGAAGAUGGCCAGACGGUACGGAUGAGCGUAGGGAGCAAGGAGUUGUUUAUCACAUUCAAUGUGGAGAAAAGUCGUUACUUCCGUCGGGAUGGUGCGGAUGUUCAUACGGAGGCUAACAUCUCCCUUUCCCAGGCACUGCUCGGAGGCACGAUACGGGUGCAGGGCGUUUACGAAGAUCAGACAAUCCAAAUCGUCCCGAGUACUUCUUCGCACACCCGUAUUACCCUCAAAGGAAAGGGGUUGAAACGAGUCAACAGUUAUGGCACCGGUGAUCACUACGUGCAUCUCAAAAUUCAAAUCCCGACCAAGCUGAGCGAUAAACAGAAAGCGCUAAUACAGGCCUACGCCGAGCUGGAGGAAGACACCCCUGGUCAAAUUAUGGGAGUUACGUACAAAACUGACGGUAAGUAUUCUUCGACCACGGGAUCAACUUCAUCGGGUAGCUCGUCUUCCGCUUCGUGGUCAUCCAAUUCUUCAUCCUCUUCGUCUCGUUCCCAUACAACCCCAGACGAGCCGCCACUGUCCGAAAAGUACACCCAAGGUGCCCGGGAGGAUGAAUUCAAGGCCUACGAGUCACAUGAUCGUGAGAUCCCUGACCCUAGUAAGGACAUUGGUUCCCGGUUCUAUUUCUUCUUAGGCAUCACCCUGGUGUUCGCUUGGUACAUUUACUAUAGCUACUCGCAAAUUCCACAGCAACUCGAGAUGGAGCGGGAUGCUGCACUGGAACGGCAGCGACGGGCUGCCGCCAGCGUUCCGCACCGGCCCGAGCAAAGUCCGUUCGAUGAAGCUUAGUUCGUUUGAAAUUGUUACCGCAUAAAGUUCAUCGCGAGAUUUUCUUCUGAGAGAAGAUAAAGUUCGUUGCAAUGAUUGUUAAGUUGGUUUUAAGUGCAAAACGAAUUGUUUCCCACUGAUGUAUGUAUUUUUCAAACCUAGAAAACAUUCGAACAAUUUUUGACUAAAAUAAAAUUGAAACAAUGC